UGGGGUGAAUGGACAGAGGUGAGAGAAAAGAAAGAAAAGCAUUGGGACACAACAAAUAAACACAGGUUAAUGUGGCAUCUGACGACUCAUCAGAAACGUAGAGUGCUGGAGAAAACUACAGGGAGAGAGAGAGGACAAUCUACAGCCCAGAGGAGAUGCAGUUUUAAUGGCAUCGAGAGGGGGCAUAGAAAAAUAAAAAGCAUCAUGGGAGGACCCCCAUCCUAGGCCUAUUACUAAGGGAUGGUACACCUGAAUAUCCUAGAAUGGGCAUCCAAUAGUUUUUUUUUUUUUUAAAUGUAACCUUCUAAUAAUACCUUUAAGUAUAAAUAAUACCUUAAGAGCUUUAAGUCUAAACGACAAUGACAAACAGUGGCAGCAGAGCAUUGCUUAGAGAAAAUGCUUCCUAAUGGAGAAGCUUUUUGGGAGCCCAGUAGUGGUUGUAAAGUGACUUUGAGAUUGCUGUCAUCCUGGAAGUCAAGGGGAGGCAGGGUGACUAUGACCCAGGCAGGGAGGCAGAGCCUCGCAGGCUGGCUGGAGGAAGAUAAACAGACUGCUUUGUAUUGUUCUCCUGGUAUCACUGAGAACCUGUCAACCUGACGGAUUGAAGGCUGAACCUCCCAAAAUAGGCCUUGUGAGGCCAGGCUGCCUUUCCCUUCCACCCUGUUAUAAAUAACUCCUCUGUUUGUGUGUGUGUGCGCCUUGUGCUCAUGUUUGCGUGUGUUUUAGAGUGGGGGCAAGAAAUAAAAGAGAGAAUGUGAGCAAAGAGGAGAGAAAUGUGAACACUUGCCAAGGCAGUCUGAGAAAGUGUAGCCACUGAAAACAAGAUCUGUGAGGCUUAAUGCCAAACAGUGACAGGGACCCUGUGGUCAAGACCCUCCAGUGACCUCUUUUAAACACACACCGAUUUGAACUCUCUAACAUACUUGCAGUAAUAAGGUACUCUUUCUACCUCCAGUAUUUGCCCAUUCCUUUGUGUGUUUAAGUCAGUAAUGUUUGGAUAAGGCCUUGUAAAUUACCACCUGAGGGAAUAUCACUAGAUGGACAGGUGUGCCAGGGGUAGAUGUUUAUCGUGCACAUAUACAGAAGGGCAGCAUUAUUGCAUUAAUAAGAACACAGCCCGGCCUAGUGCAGCAGGGUGGGGAUUCAGUUGCUUGUGUACUGGGCCGAGCAACAAUCAAAAGAAAAAACAACUUUCUUGUCAAUGUGAGACAGCAGAAUAAAUUUCCAGGAAAUAUUUUACUUCAAGCCCCAAACCUCAGCCCACCCGCACUGUGUCUCCCUCUCUGUCUUUCUCUCUCUCUCUCACUCUUCUGUGUCCAAUAACUGCUCAGCUCAGUCCCAACUCUCCAAAAAGAGUUUCUGGGCAUGUUGCUCAUUAUUUGAUCUGGCCUCCCUCCUCACCCGUCAGCCAGUCUCUGCUCUAAUCCAACGUUGUGCACUUUGCUUCUUUCAUUUAGAUGUGUGCUUGGCUUUAGAUUUAUUUAAAAGUAAUGGAUGCUCCUGCUUGCACACACUCACGCCGAGCUGUCGACUGUGCUGGGGAAGUUGCCCUUGCAUAAGACACUCAGAUAACUCAGCACAGUAGUGUACAGUGUCAGCCAGGCUUCAGUCUGCUCCUAGGUAUGUCUGCAAUGCUCAAUACACUGCUGACCUGAUUUUCUACCCUGUUCUGAUCAGAGUCCUAAAGAGAAGAGGGAGCAAUGAGAGGCCAGAUAAAACGGUCUCUCUUCAGUCUAAAGUCUGUGUCUAUAAAGGCACUGGGCUUAUUGUUCUAGGCAACCUGUUGAAUUGCUCUCAGGAGGGAGGAGUUUAUGGGUUCGGGGAGAAGUCACAGGUCAUGUUGACUCUCGGGCCAGUUUAGUAAGCAAUGGCAAUAAACCAACUGCUUGGUAAAUUUACAAAUAUUUACCAAUACUAUUCUCCUCCUGCAGCAGCUAAAUGUGUGCAUUUGUAUGAGGAGAAGUGAAGAAAGAAAAGGCUGAGGAGGCUAGCAUCAGUUUUGAAUUUGCUUGUGUGACUUUGUGCCAGCCCAUGUGGAAGACGCCCAGGCUCUGAUAUCCCACACUGCUGGGUGUGUUUCUCAAAUCUUACAGGACUUAAAAAACCCAAGAACAGGGCAGAGUUAGAAAUCAAGGGGCUAUAAAGAAAAACUGACAGAAAACAGACUUCUGAGAUGUUAGUUAGCCUUUCAAAUCUGACAACUAAUUGCUGUGAGAAGUGAUUUAUUUUUGUUUAUGUAACAGAAAAUACACCAUUCAGUGUGAAAGAAAAUUAAAAAUAAUUGCAGUCAUUUAUCACUGAUCAAGAUCAAGUAAUUAAAAACAACAUCACUUCUUUUCCAACUGUGCCAAAGCUAUAAUUGAUUCCACAGGAUCAAACAGUUUUUACAAGAUUUUCAUUGAGAAGUUCAGCCCUGUAAGAUCUACACAUCCUAGUACUGUAUGUCCAGUGUGUGAUGUACAAACUCUCCCUCCCUUUCCUUGACUCUGUGUGUACUGCAGAAAAUAGUGAAGCCUUAAGGAGAAAGAGGAGGAGGAGGCGACUUCAUGCUGUUUCAAGAUUCCUGCUUUUUUUGGAGAAACUUAAACCUGGCUUCAGGAAGGAGACACGGACUGGCUCUGUGUGCUGUGGGGCUGUGUGGUGCUCAUGACGUCCUUGACCAAGGCUGCCAAAAGGAAGGCGACCAACCGAAGGUCCAGACAGGUGUUUGAGGCAGAGCCUCUACAGGGGGUGUGGUCUGCCUGGGGGGAGUGGUCAGAAUGCUCUCAGACCUGUGGUGUUGGUGUCUCACAGAGGAGCAGGAAAUGUUUACCUCCUUCGCCACCACAGACCCCUAGCUGGGCAGGGUAUCUUCCCGGGGGCAUCAGAGAUCCUGUCAUUUCACCGGUGCAUCCCUACCACCCUUCUCGUUACCCUGGGCAACACCUGCCUUAUCAGCCCCUGCCCACCUCCACUAAUCAAAACCCAGGACUGCCUCUGUAUCGGAAUACCCCUGUUGGCGAAGGAUCUCCCAUGCCUGCACAGGCUAAUCCGUCAUCUCCUUUCUAUCAGUCUGAAUUAUCUCCAGCUAAUCAAGAUCUCGUGUCUGGUUAUCGCUCGCCCUUUCACACUCCUUCACACAGCUACAGCCAACCAGCACGAAUCAUCAGGAGACCAGCCAAUCCCGGGGCAGCAAGGGCCGGCGGAGCUGGGAGCAGAAGGUCGGUGUCCACUAAUCAGGGGGGUUUGCCAGUGAGAAGGUCUUCCAUUCGUCCGGGUCAGUUUGGAUAUGGCAGAGUUCCCUUUUCUUUACCUCUGCACCGCCCAAACCGCCAGGCUCGCCACACUGUUAAUGGUACUGGCGCUGCAACACCAGUACCUGGCCUAGCUGUCCAUAAAGAUAACUUGGAUAACAACAGGAGAGAGGAAGAGGAAAGGGAAAGUGAUGGAGAAGAAAGGGGGGCAGGGACUGGAGGGGAGGAGGAGGAGAAGCACGAAGACCGGGAGGGCACAGAGUCACCUACUGCUGAGGAGGUCCCCACAGUGACCACCACGACUGGCAGCCCAUAUCACCAUGACAGACCGUCACACACCCACAUACAUCAUGGAAGAGGAAGAGAGCAAGUCCCAUCCUCCUACUCCUUCUCACGCGCUUUACCACCUCCUCCCGUUUCUCCUCACUUGCACCCAAACUCCCUUCCUGUCACUUCAUGGUUCUCCUCCCCUCUCCACCACUCCCUCCCCCUGCACAGAGACAGGGGGCUCCACCCAGGCUUUGGCGUCCAAGCCCCACCCGCCAGCAACAUCUACCCUCUACAGCACCCCCACAUGCCACACCUGGGAGUUGAAUCCAGCAGGGAUGGAGGAAGAGCAGCUCCACGAGUCUACAAGUGCUCUGGGCCGGAGAAGCAGCACCGCAGGUGCUUCUCACAGGUUUGUGGAGGAGGUGCUCUGGACUCAAGAGCAGAGCAGUGUGCAGCCUUUAACACCCAGGAGUUUAUGGGUCGCCUCUACGACUGGGAACCUUUCACUGAGGUUGGUGUGGACAAGCAGUGUGAGCUGACCUGCAGACCAGCAGGCUAUCGCUUCUACGUCCGUCAGGCCGAACGCGUCCGAGAUGGGACCCCCUGCUUCAAUGUUAACGCCAGUGACGUGUGUGUGGAAGGACGAUGUCUGACUGAGGGUUGCGACGGGGUACUGGGCUCUGGCUCUACAGUUGACAAGUGCGGAGUGUGUGGUGGGCAGGAGACGACCUGUCGAAAGGUGACAGGAAGUUUCCAAAAUGUCACGGUUCCCCUUGGUUACCAGAAGAUCCUGGAAAUACCGCCUGGAGCCACAUUCAUUAACAUUACGGAGAGACGAGCAAGCCCUAACUACCUGGCCAUGAGGAGUGGCACUGGGGCAUCAGUGGUGAACGGGCGUUGGGCUGUGGACCCUCCAGGGGUGUACCAGGCAGGGGGGACUACUUUCACCUACAUGCCAACCAGAACGCAAGCAGAGGGGGAGGAAGGGAAAGGAGAGUCCCUUACGGCCCCAGGACCGACCACCACACAGCUACUACUAUAUAUAAUAUUCUACAAGGACAACCCUGGCAUCGACUAUGAGUUUUAUAUCCCCGUGGAGAAGAAGGAGGGAGAGAGGGAGUGGCUGAUAGAGAGAGAGAGGGAGCCACCCAGAGAGAGGCCAAGGGAGCGAGAGCCAGCGAGGGCACCCCUUCGCAGUCCUCUCACUGUGUCAGUAGAACACCCACCUCCUGGUUCUCCUCCUGUUGUGGUCCCUUCUUUCCCUUCUUCCUCCUCCUCCUACUCUAUGUUUUCUCCCUCAUCCUCAGACCGAUGGACACCUGAGAGGUUACAUCCUCAAGGAUCUGCACCAAAUAGGAACAUUCGGAUCCCCCCUCGCACUGACCUGCCACUGGACACACAACCACCGUUUGUUUGGAGGACGGGUGGACUCACAGAGUGUUCUGCUUCCUGUGGCCAAGGUUCUCAACACAGAGUCAUUCUGUGUAUAAACCGCCACACAGAUGAGGAAGUCCCGGAGAGGCAAUGUGACUCUGCAGCCAGACCUGUCCCUGAGGAGGAGCCUUGCAAUACGCAACCCUGUCCACCAUUCUGGGAGGCCAGUGAGUGGUCAGAGUGCAGUGUGUCCUGUGGCCCUGGUGUGCAGCAGAGGCAGCUCCAGUGCAGGCAGAGCUUUGGGCAGCGCUCCACCAUGGUCCACCCGCAGCGCUGUGCCCACCUCACCCCACCAGAGUCUACACAGCCCUGCGAGCUCAGUCUGUGCUCCCACUGGGAGGUCAGCUCCGACUGGAGCACGUGCUCAGUGGACUGUGGAGUAGGGAGGAGGACAAGGAGUGUGCGCUGCGUCAGUGAUCAAGGAAGCAUAGUGAACGACAAGGAGUGCAACUCCAGGCUCCGUCCCCAAGGGACUGAAGAGUGCAACAUGGGGCCCUGUGUAACCAACUGGUACUUCACUGACUGGUCCAGCACUUGUUCGGCACAGUGUGGCCCCGGGGUGCAGAGGAGGGAGGUGGUGUGUCUGACUCGAGGAGGGGUCAGGGAGGGUGGAGGAGGGGAAUGUGUUGGGGAAAAACCAGCAGAGAUGAAGGCCUGUAAUGGGGGCCCCUGUGUGCCAACAGCCAUGUGGUACAGCAGCCCCUGGACACAGUGCAAUGUCCCGUGUGGGAAUGGGACUCAGCGACGAGACAUUAUUUGUGUCCAGAAGAUGGGAAAUGAUGUUGCGGUUGUAUCAGCCAAUGAAUGUGCACAUCUGGACAAGCCUGCUGCAGUCCAGGAGUGCGAGACGGGAGAGUGUCAGCCGCAGUGGUUCACUACAGAGUGGAGCUCGUGCUCACGUUCCUGUGGAAAAGGCUUACAGAUGAGGGAGGUGCGGUGUCUAAUGCCGGACAAAAAGCACAGCCACGAAUGUGACUCCAACACCAAACCUGAACAGGAGCAAAUGUGCAACAUAUUACCCUGCGGUCCACAAGUCUCAGAUGAAAACUGCCGGGAUAGACGCCAUAACUGUGUGAUGGUGGUGCAGGCCAGGCUGUGCGUCUACUCCUACUACAAGACUGCCUGCUGUGCCUCGUGUACCCAGAGUGCUCAGCGUGCCAAGAGGCACUGACCUGCCAAUCACAGACAGCCCAGGUGUGCUAGAAGUCAAGUAUUAGGUCAAUAGGGUUGAUCGCCCCUGAAAAGGCAAGUCUGUAGAAAUGAGCAGCUCAGAGUAGACGUGAAGGCUUUGACAUUCAACUGUUUGUUCCUGAUUCUUCAGAUCAUACACUGUGAAAGCAGCCACUUCUUUUUACCAGUUCUCUGCAUUUUAUAUCGGGUUUUAUAUUGUCUCUUAGAACCACAUAUUCCACUAAGAUUGUUUCUGUUUAUGUUGUACAUCGGUUUUAGCAGGUUCAUGUAUCACACAGGGCUGAAGGAGGCAUUUCCACUCUUGGAGGCUCAUUUCUAUGGCUGAGAGACUGUACAAAAGGUGCUCACUGAGGACACAGCUGUGUUUCAACAGCCUUUUCUGAGAUUCCUUUUAAUCUACAGGAUCUUAAGACAGAUUUAGUCCAACAUGUAUACCACUAAUUAUGUGCUGAACAAAUAAUUACCAUGUGUGCUAGAUAAACUGUGUAGACAGUAGAUCUGUGCGUUGCUGAAGAUCUACUGGAAUAGAUCUGCUGUGUUUCUGUACACUACAGAAACUCCCCACUGAACCACAGUGGCGACCCCCAACUAAGCUAUAAUGAUUUUAUUUACAUAUCAUAUGUUUAUUUUCUUAUUGCCAAAAAUAUAUUCCUCUAGUGUCCUUGUAUUGUUCAGUUCAGUAUUUGGACAGAUGAACCAAAGGAGUAGGGUGACCAUGGCAGUAAGUGACCAAAUAAAAUACGUCAGUGCAGGAGGGGCAUUAAGCAUGGAUGUUAAAAAGGCAGCAUAGACUCUGUACAGUCUUUUAGUGUAUUUGUCUCAGUAUACAGAUGGGUGACAAUGGAAAGACACUGUACACUGUAGGUCUUUUUAAAGACAGCUGUUAAUUGCAUUAGUGUUAAAAUCCUCUGCAAAGGUGUGAAGACUCUAUUAUGUUUUUUACAAAAUAAAAAUGAUGCUGCUCACUAAAUUAACAGGCAUGAUUUGUAAAUUGAAAAAAGAAAGACAUAGUCCUGGUUGUUCAGUACUUUUCUUCUUGUCAACACAAUACUAAAACCAACAAGGCUUUAGUCUAUUUCUUAAUAUUUUCAGACUUCCCAGCACAUGUCUGUGACACUCAGUCUCAGCCUAUUCAGGCUACUGAUGAUGUAAAUCUUUAGAUUUUGGUCACAGUUAUAUAGUUUCAUUAAAGAAAGACGAUAAUUUUAUGAAACACGUGAGCGCUGUAGGUUUUAGUAAGUGUUACUCAAACAGGAGUAAAUAGUAAAUUUAGUAAGGACUUUUUUUCAGCUGUGGAUUAACACAUUAUUUAUGACACCAGGACAACGUAUGAGGGAUUGUCUCAAAAUAAACUACAGUGCCCAUGUUCAUCUUAAUGAAGGAACAUGUCACCAGCAGAACAGUGUGGCUCACUGUUGUGUUUGUAAUCAUUUCUCAGAGCUCUGUGGCACAGGUGAAGAUGUUAGAAAAGACUUUGUCUAGUCAGCCAGUACAUGUUAGUUUCUAAUUGUUGUUAAUUUUGGUCUUUUCAUGGGACUUGUUGACAUUGAGAAGAAUAUAGAAUGUAGUUUUUUCCUGGAAUUUGAUGAUGCACAGUUUAGAAACUUAAAUUAACUCCUAAUUGAUUUAGAUAGAUUUUGUGUUUUUGUGUUGUGAUGAUGGCACCACGAUGAUCGGGCUGAUGUAUUUUUUUUAUAAAACACCUUUAUGUUCUCCUCUUUCCUCUCCUCAUCACAGUAUAUCCCUUUUGUGUGUGUGUGUAUUUAAUAUCACUGUUCUGGGAGGAGAUGGUAAAUCUGUCUUAUGAAAAUAAGCGAAGCCAGAAUUAGGAAACUCUUUGGAAACUGAGACGGCUACUGUCGCUUAAACAUCUUUUAACAAGUUUAAUUAUAUAGAUUAACUGCAACAAUUGGAACCAUUCUGCUUUGACCUGAAAGUAAAUAUUUGCAUUCUGACAUGGCAACCUCUAUAUUUACAGUAUGUGUAAGUAUUCUUUGAUGAUGAUCUUUCUUCCUUUCCUUGGUUUUACUUUGCCCUUUUCCCCACACCCAUAACUAUAGUCUGCCCGCGUCAGGGUGAGGAGGUGUCUGUAUAUUUGUCAGAUAUGUUUGAAUGUCUAUCUUUUCUUUUGAAAACAAUAAGCGCUUAUGUUUUAUAACUGAUUAGAGUUAUCAGAAAAGUUGUAGUAGACUGCUUUAUUCGCACAUAACUGUCAUAUAACGAUUGUAUUUUUUGCAUUUGACAAAAACAUUUUGUGAUUUUACUGUACUUAUGGUUUGUGGAUGUUUGUGCAUGUGAUGUGUGCGUAUGUGCAUGCAUGUAUGGAUGUGUGUUUUGUGAUUUUGCCUUUGAAUGGCUCAUUUCCGUCUCUAAUCCCUCAUAGUAAAAAUUGCAUUUUAUAUGAAACCAAGAAAAGGAUAGUAAUUUAUCUAUUAUCUAAAAACCAUGUAAUUUAUUUUGUGUUUUAAAAGGCUGUAGGAUUUGUGUGUGUGCGUGUGUGUUAUGUUUAUUAUCACUGAUACACAGACGAUUUUUAAAUCAAGAACAAAAGUGUGGAAAAAAUAUUAUGCCAAAGCUUCAUUUUAAAUAAAAGUGAAACCAGA